GAACUUACAGGCUGUGCGUUAACAAAGCGAGCUAAAUGCACCAAGGCGACUAGUUGUCUUCAUCCCGGAACUCCCCUUCAUCCCUCCCGCGUCUCGAUUCCCCAGCCUGAGCAAACCCUCCCCACAGCCCGCGCCAUGGGCGGCGAGAUGCCCGGCACCGACGGCAAGGGCCACCCCGCCCCGGCCUCCGCCUCCGCCUCCGGAUUCCCGCCGUCGGCGCCGCCUUAUCAUCAGCAGCAGCACCACCAGUACGGCACCUUCGGGGCCCCGUCCGCGUCCGGCGAGUUCCCGCAGCCGGCGGUCGGGUUCCCCCAGCCUGCUCCGCCGCUUGGGUUCCAGAACUACCCGCCGCCGCCUCCGCCGCCGUCCUACGCGGUAUACCCUCCUCUGCAGGCUUAUUCGGCCGCCGCGCCGUACUACGCCCAUGGCUACCAGGACGUGCAAGGCUUCACUUGCUGCAAUUGCCAUGUUGCUUGGUGCCACAAAAGGAGCAGAGGUGUGGUGAGCUGGCUUUGAUCAUCGUCGGUUUGCUUAUAAUACAUAUGUUCGUUCUCCCUCUACUCUGUCGGGUAUUCUGAUUUGUACAUGUAUGCGUAGAAAAGAUAUAAUGGAAGAAGACUGGUUCACUAUCAUAUGUGUUGUAUGACCUAUAAUCGUAGAAUGAUAGUAUUUGUCUUCCGGUAAAAAAAGUGUGCCUGUUGCUCU